AUGUCAUUACAGUUAGUACGAUACAAAACCGUAAAGCCCAUCGAACCACGCUUCAGUCGCACAGGAGCAUACCAAGGUGUAGACAGACUUAUUCUGAAGCCAUCUACACCAGCUUACAUCCCAAACUACUAUGAUUCACAGAAGUUCAUUAAUACACGUGCUAUUGUAGCGGUAUUAAGUUUCACCAUUAUGAUGGCGUAUUUUGGAUACUUCAGGUAAUAUACUUUUGCUAACUUUAGAUACUAGUUCUCACUGCUUUAACUAAACAUUGCUUCCAAUUAUUAAUUCAACCAAUUUUAGAGAACCAAAUGAUAUAGACUUGAUUUUGAACAGUGAACCUCACGUUCUGGCCGGAAAUUUGGAAAGAAAGUUGUUGAAGGAACAGAUUGAGCAAGCCAAAAGGGCUGGAAAACCAACCGAUCUCUUGGAAGCCCAAUUAUCGUACGUUGAUGUUAAAGAAGCUGCCAUUAAAGCGACUUACGACAAGAAAAAGUAA